AUGUUACCAGACCACUUGCAAAGACGUUGGUCGCACGUCAGAAAGGUUCUGGAGCGCCCAGGGCCCUUCUGUCACCCCGAAUUCGAAGCCUCGUCUGAUAAUCUGCAGUUUUUAAUGAACUCUUGCAAAAUCCUGGUGAUCGGUGCUGGAGGUUUGGGCUGCGAGCUCUUGAAAGAUCUAGGAAUGAUGGGAUUUAGACAUAUUCAUGUUAUUGAUAUGGAUACUAUUGAUUUGUCUAACUUGAAUCGACAGUUUCUAUUCAGGAGGAAAGAUAUCGGGUCCAGUAAGGCUGAGUGUGCUGCCAAUUUUGUAAAGAACAGAAUACCUGGUUGUGAGGUGACACCACACUUUUGCAAAAUCCAAGACUUUGAUGAAGCAUUUUAUCGGCAAUUUCACAUUGUAGUUAGUGGCUUGGAUUCUAUAAUAGCUAGACGAUGGAUAAACGGCAUGCUGAUAUCUCUCCUUAAAUAUAAUGAUGAUGGAUCAGUUGAUCCUAGUUCAAUAAUUCCAUUGAUUGAUGGAGGUACAGAAGGCUUUAAAGGCAAUGCCAGAGUUAUAUUACCAGGAAUAACCGCUUGUAUUGAUUGUACGCUGGAUUUAUUUCCUCCACAAGUCACAUAUCCUUUGUGCACCAUUGCAAACACACCCAGGCUGCCCGAGCACUGUAUAGAGUAUGUGAAAGUCCUACAAUGGCCCAAAGAGAGUCCCUUCGAUGGUGCUCCUUUAGACGGGGACGAUCCCCAGCAUUUGAGUUGGGUGCUGGAAAAAGCUACAGAGCGUGCUGUCCAAUAUAACAUUAGUGGAAUUACUUAUCGAUUAGUACAAGGUGUUCUUAAAAACAUCAUUCCUGCUGUUAAUAGUACUAAUGCUGUGAUUGCUGCCAGCUGCUGCACAGAGGUUUUUAAAAUGGCAACAAGUUGUUACACCCACAUGAACAACUACAUGGUAUUCAAUGAUACCGAUGGGAUUUACACAUAUACUUACGAAGCUGAAAGGAAAACUGACUGUUUAGCUUGUUCACAAAUUCCAAAAACUAUAGAAGUUUCUAAUCCUGAAAAUAUGACUCUACAAGACUUGAUUACUUUGUUGUGCGAAGGGGCUGAAUAUCAAAUGAAGAGCCCAGGUAUUGUAGCCUCAAUCGAAGGCAAAAACAAAACCUUAUACAUGUCAACAGUAGCAAGUAUAGAAGAAAAGACUAAACAGAAUCUAACAAAGUCUCUAAAAGAAUUAAAUCUAGAAAAUGGAAUGGAACUGAUGGUUGCAGAUGUGACGACACCAAACACAAUAUUACUUAAAUUAAAAUAUAAGAAUGUAAUUGAAAACGAUGUUGAGAUGACUUGA